AUGAAGAAAAUGUCUGGGUAACCAAUUUUAAAAAAGGUGUCUAUGAAUCAUAAUCAUACUCAUUUGGAAUCAGAAACAUCAGAUGUUGAAAGAACCACAAGUUUUGAAUCAAGUUAAUUGGGCAGAAUUAUUGAUAUUUCUUCAUUUCGUAAAACUUCCACUUCUUCAAAAGGAGAUAAUAAUUUAAGUCCUAGAUAAUAAAGAAGAAAUUCAUUUGUCACUUUUGAAUCUAAUGAUGUGUCAAAAUCUGUCAGUCAAAUCAAAACUAUUAAUGAGUAAUUUAUUAACUAAGUUAUUAGUCCUUCACAGUAUUUAAAAAUGAAUGAUUUGUAAAUUAGAGUAUGGAAAGCAGUAAAUAAAUUUACAAAUGCAUAAUUAGUACAAUUACUUUAUUAUUUAGGAAUCAGUUUUUUUGAUUGAUAUUAUUGUAUUGUAUAAUGAUACAGAAUUUGAAUUUAAGUUUGACCUUUCUCAAUUAUCUUGUUUUAUGACUAUGAAAGAAUUGAGAGAAUAAAUUCAUCUUAUAUUUUAUGAAUAAAAGAAUUAAAGUAACUAUUUAAUUGUAUAUUUAGAAAUAUAAGACCCAUAAUUAUAUAUUUUGAUAGGUGUUAUUAAAACAUAAAAAUUAGAUGGUGAAAUAAGAUUGUUUGAAUUACUAAACAUUUUACUCAAUGGAAAAAAAACUUUGAUUUUGUAAUCCUCUUGUUUAAAUUUUUGA